AUGAGGAUUAGUAGAUCCAAAACUGAAUACUUCACGACGGAUACGAGUGGUGACCAGCAAGCUACAAUUAAGUUGAAUGGCACGGAUUUGAAGAGAGUAAAAACCUUUAAAUACCUGGGAUCAGUGGUAAAUGAGACAGUUGGAAUGGAGAAGGAAGUGAACUUUAGAAUUCAGUGUGGGUGGAACAAUUGGAGGAAAGUCUCUGGCGUGAUAAAUGACAAGAGAGUACCAGUGAGACUGAAAGGUAAAGUUCACAAGGCAGUAGUCAUACCUGCCUUGAUCUACAGCCUGGAAGCAGCACCUCUGAAGAAGUCUGAAGAGAAGAAGAUGAAUGCAGCAGAAAUGAAAAUGUUGAGAUGGAUGGUAGGAGUGACGAGAAGAGAUAGAAUCAGAAAUGAAUACAUCAGAGGGACAAUUAAAGUAGUUUAG